AUGGUACCCGAGGCCGAUGCCACAAUCGACUCGGGCGGCGCCAAGCAGGAUGCCUUCAGCAGAGGGCAAGUGGCGACCGGCUUUGAGCGACUUACCGUGUUCCAAACGGUCGCCAAGUUCAAAAUGUGCUUCGCUGUCUGCUUCGCGGCGACCUUUGCGGGCGCAACUGACGGCUACCAAAUUGGGAUUAACGGUAACAUCAUCGCUAACCCCGGGUUCGUCAAGCAGUUCGCUACAGCUACGACAGCGGCCGGAGAGCCUGCCCUGUCGGCCCCCGUACUCUCAGCAAUCGGCACCAUCCAGUCCGUGGGCCAAAUCAUCGGUAUGACCACUAUGCCCUUCCUUGCUACGCGCUACGGACGAAAAGCCGCCAUGUACGCCUUGUGGUUCGUUCUUCUAUGCUCUGUCACCUGUGAGGCAGUGGCCAAGAGAUGGCAAGUCUGGUUCGUGGCGAAGCUAUUCAGCGGUAUCGGUGUUGGUUCUCUGCAAUUCAUCACUCCGACCUAUGUCACUGAAGUGGCGCCCACCAGAGUUCGAGGAUUUCUCCUGAUGAUGUACAACUUUUGGUUCUCCGUUGGCAAUACCUUCGCCCCUGUCGCUCUACAAGUCAUGUCCACCUACGCACCUAAUGAAUUUCGGAUCCCCAUCUACACGCAAUACGCGCAGAUCGGUCUCAUGCUUAUCAUCUACCUGAUCAUUCCCGAGUCCCCUAUGUGGUGUGCAUCCCGAGACCUCGAGGACAGGGCCAAGCGAAACCUACGAGUCCUCUACCGGGGAGUAACAGAUUUCGACGUCGACUAUCAAUAUCAGGUCCUGGCACAGACAGUCACACACGAAAAAGAGGAAGCGAUCCUCAACCGACACACUAAAUGGUACUCCAUUUUCAAAGGCCAGCACCUGCGACGGACAAUAGCAUCUACUUGGGCAUUGACAGCGCAACAAGUCUUGGGUCUUACAUUAUUCUACACCUACUCUUCUUACUUUUUCAAGACAGCUGGAAUCGCCGAUCCCUUUGCGGUCACCUGCCUCACUAAUGGCAUUCAGCUCGUCAUCAUCUGGAUCGUAGCGGCUAGCGUCGAUUACGUGGGUAGACGAAACAUCUGUUGUGGCGGACUCACAAUCAUGUUGGUGGCCGUCACGUUGAUCGGUAUUCUCGGUGUCGUCAAAGAGACGGCGGCCAGUAACAAACUCCUCGUCUUCUUCUCUUGCAUUUACAUCGUGGGCUUGCAAUGUUCAGGCUCCACAGGAUGGGGUUUCGUGGGAGAACUGUCUUCGCAGUCUUUACGACCCUAUACUGCUGGGUUUGCAGCCGCCAUUUCCUGUGUCGGAGGAGUGAUUAUGAACGUACUCGUUCCUUACAUGCUCAACCCGACCGCAUGGAACUGGGGACUUAAAACUGCCUUCUUUUACACUGGUAUCGGAGCGCCAGCUGCGGUCGGUGCCUGGUUUAUCAUCCCCGAGCCAAAAGGUCUCAGUGCAGCGGAGCUCGAUGAGCUUUUCGAAAACAAGGUGAAAGCCUGGCGCUUCUCAAAGACAAAGACCGCGCUUCAGAGGCAGCUUGAGAUUACUGCUGCUUAG